AAUAAACCGAGGAAUGGUGACCACCGUCAUCCGCGAGACGCCUGGAUUUGGCAUCUACUUCCUCGCCUACGAUACACUGACGCGUGCGCUGGGCUGCGACGCUGACGCCGACUACAUCAUUCCCAAGCUGCUCCUGGCGGGUGGCAUGUCGGGAAUGGCGUCCUGGAUCUCCACUUAUCCCGUGGACGUCAUCAAGUCCCGCCUCCAGGCGGACGGAGUGGGUGGAGCCAACAGGUACGACGGCAUCGUGGACUGCGUCCGUCAGAGCUGGCGGCGGGAAGGAUGGAGAACCUUCACUCGAGGCCUGACGUCGACUCUCUUGAGAGCGUUUCCCGUCAACGCCACAACAUUCGCCACCGUCACACUCUUCCUCAUGUACAUGCGCGAGAACGACGACAGCAUGAAGGACUGCGAACCCAUGCAGCCCAACCUGCAGCACAGCAGCCUGUGACUCGAAG